GGAGGAGGCCGCGCGGCCGCCAUGUUGUUGUGUCCGUGAGGCGGCGGCGGCGGCCCCGAGCCCGCAGCGACCCCGGCCCCGGCAGGACGCCGCGCCCCGGCACGGGCGGGGGCUCCGCGCCAUGCCCUGCCCAGCGUCCUGUUCUUUCGCUGGGAUAUGAGCAGAUGUUGCCCUUCCCUGCUGCCAAUGUGAAGUAUCAGAAGAGAACAGUUGGAACUUUCUGGGACAAGAGAGGACUGCUUAUUCUCUCAUUCUUUGGUUUUAGUAAGUGAAGAGCUCAAAGUAUUGCAAGUAAGGACGAGGAUUCCUCCUCCUGCCCAGGGCCUGUCAUGGAUGAAGAGACUCAGCACAGCCUUGAAUGCAUCCAGGCUAAUCAGAUUUUUCCCAGGAAGCAGCUGAUCCGAGAGGAUGAGAACCUUCAGGUGCCGUUCAUUGAGCUCCACGGGGAGAGCACGGAGUACGUGGGCCGAGCAGAGGAUGCCAUCAUUGCCCUGUCCAACUACAGGCUCCACAUCAAAUUCAAGGAAUCUGUUGUCAAUGUUCCAUUGCAGCUCAUUGAGAGUGUGGAGUGCCGGGAUAUAUUCCAGCUUCAUUUGACUUGCAAGGACUGCAAGGUUAUCAGGUGUCAGUUCUCCACCUUUGAGCAGUGUCAGGACUGGCUGAAGAGGCUGAACAAUGCCAUCCGCCCCCCGUCCAAGAUCGAGGACCUGUUCUCCUUCGCCUACCACGCCUGGUGCAUGGAGGUUUAUGCCAGUGAGAAGGAGCAGCAUGGGGACUUGUGUCGGCCAGGAGAACAUGUGACUUCCAGGUUUAAGAACGAAGUGGAGCGGAUGGGGUUUGAUAUGAACAAUGCCUGGAGGAUUUCCAACAUCAAUGAGAAGUACAAGCUGUGUGGCAGUUACCCCCAGGAGAUCAUCGUGCCCGCCUGGAUCACAGACAAGGAGCUGGAGAGCGUGGCCAGCUUCCGCUCCUGGAAGCGCAUCCCUGCCGUGGUGUACAGGCACCAGAGCAAUGGGGCAGUGAUCUCGCGCUGCGGCCAGCCCGAGGUGAGCUGGUGGGGCUGGAGGAACGCCGACGACGAGCACCUGGUGCAGUCCGUGGCCAAAGCCUGUGCCUCAGACUCCAGGUCCAACAGUAACAAGUUAAUGAAUGGCAAUUGUGCCAGAGAUUUGCCCAACGGAGGGGACCUCUCUGAUGUGGAAUUUGACUCCUCCAUCUCCAAUGCCUCAGGAGCAGAGAGUUUGGCAAUCCAGCCUCAGAAGCUUUUGAUCCUGGACGCUCGGUCUUACGCAGCAGCCGUGGCCAACAGAGCCAAGGGGGGUGGCUGUGAGUGCCCAGAAUAUUACCCCAACUGUGAAGUGGUGUUCAUGGGGAUGGCAAACAUCCACUCCAUCCGCAAGAGUUUCCAGUCGCUGCGUCUGCUCUGCACACAAAUGCCAGAUCCAGGAAAUUGGCUGUCAGCUCUGGAGAGCACCAAGUGGCUGCAGCACCUGUCAGUGCUGCUGAAGUCCGCGCUGCUGGUGGUGCACGCCGUGGACCGCGACCAGCGGCCCGUGCUGGUUCACUGCUCCGACGGCUGGGACCGCACGCCCCAGAUCGUGGCCCUGGCCAAGCUCCUGCUGGACCCCUACUACAGGACCACAGAGGGUUUCCAGGUGCUAGUGGAGACUGAGUGGCUGGAUUUUGGCCACAAGUUUGCAGAUCGCUGUGGCCACGGGGAGAAUUCGGACGACCUCAACGAGCGCUGCCCGGUGUUUCUGCAGUGGCUGGACUGUGUCCAUCAGCUCCAGAGGCAGUUCCCCUGCUCCUUCGAGUUUAACGAAGCAUUCCUUGUGAAGUUGGUGCAGCACACCUACUCCUGCCUCUUUGGAACAUUCCUGUGCAACAAUGCGAAAGAGAGAGGAGAGAAACACACUCAGGAACGGACCUGCUCCGUCUGGUCUUUGCUGCGGGCAGCAAACAAAGCCUUCAAAAACCUGCUCUACUCCUCCCAGUCGGAAUCUGUGCUGUAUCCCGUGUGCCAUGUGCGGAACUUGAUGCUCUGGAGCGCUGUUUACCUGCCCUGCUCCUCCCCCUCCACGCCCGCCGACGACACCUGUGCCCCCUACCCUGUGCCAGGCUCUAGCCCCGAAGAGCAACCUCUGGGCAGGCUACCAAAGACAAGAUCCUUCGACAAUCUGACGACAGCCUGUGACAGCAGCGUGCCUACAACCAACCGCCGGAGCAGCGACCCCAGCCUCAACGAGAAGUGGCAGGAGCACCGCCGCUCCCUGGAGCUCAGCAGCCUGGGCCCCCCUGGGGACGACCCCUUCGAGGGGGACGGGCUGAGCAGGCAGGGCAGGGCCCCCAUGGGGGCAGAGCUCUCUGUGGCAGCUGGGGUGGCAGAGGGACAAAUGGAGAACAUUCUGCAGGAGGCCACUAAAGAUGAUGUUGGGCUGGAGGAGCACUUGAGGGGUGGCCUGGAAGCAGCGGGGAAAGGGGAUGAGGUUGGCCUGGAUAAGGAGAAGAGAGCUGACAGUCUGUGUGGGGAAAAGGCCAAGGCGGAUACAGGUACUGUAAGGAACAAUCCCACAGCCAACCCACAGCCAGCCUCACAUGGUGCUGCGGAGCUCAAAGGACAGCAGGACGAGCACAGCGAUGCCAGCAGUGCUCUCCAGAAGGCGCCUCAGGGGAGAGGACUGCAGGCUGUUCCUUCUGAGGGCUCUGGAAACAGAGAUGCUCCAAACAACACAGAGGAGGAAAGUCUUGGGAAAGGUGAAGGAGAGGCGGAGAACCCGUGCGGCACGGCCCAGACCAGCCUUGCCUUCCCUCUGACAGCCCUGCUGGAGGAAAGGACAUCCAACAUCGAAAGCUCCACAGAAACCUUAACAGAGACAGAAGCAAAGCCUGAGCUCACGCCCAGGGCUCCGUGCCACAGACACCACCCCUUCGACAACAGCACUGACGAGCUGUCCCGAACUCUGGAGAACAGGCCGGAGGGGGAGUGCAUGAUAGAGCUCCAAAAACUGGGAUCAAGAGUGCAUAGGACUUCUGGUAGCAGCACCACACACCUCCCAAUGCCUUCCCCUUGUGCCUUGCCUCUAGCAGACCACAAAGAUGAGCUGGUGUAUAACGGGGAGCUGGAGCUGGAGAACAAACUGGUGGAGAAACCCGCGGGAUUCACGGCCCCGAAACUCCCCACCACCAACGGACACUGCGUCAACGGCGAGGACGGGCGCAUCAAGGCCUCGCUGAGCCGGCAGGUGUCCACGGCCAGCUGCAGCUCUGCUCAGCUCCACCUGAGGAACUUGCACCAGAAAUGGAUGUUCAGCCAGCUGGGGAAGCAGCCGGCCAGCAGCCCGGACCAGCCGGCGCGCAGCCACCUGGACGACGACGGGAUGCCCGUCUACAGCGACGUCAUCCAGCAGCGCCUGCGCCAGAUCGAGACGGGCCACCAGCAGGAGGUGGAGACCCUCAAGAAGCAGGUGCAGGAGCUGAAGAGCCGCCUGGAGAGCCAGCUCCUCAACAGCUCCCUGCGGCUCAACGGCGACUACGGCGACGACGUGACGUCUAUUCCCGACUCGGAAAGCAAUCUGGAUCAGAACUGCUUGUCUCGCUGCAGCACAGAGAUUUUCUCUGAAGCCAGCUGGGAACAGGUGGAUAAACAGGAUACAGAGGUGACGCGGUGGCUCCCGGAUCACCUGGCCGCGCACUGCUACGGCUGCGACAGCGCCUUCUGGCUCGCCAGUCGGAAACACCACUGCAGGAAUUGUGGCAACGUGUUCUGCUCCAGUUGCUGUAACCAGAAGGUGCCCGUUCCCAGCCAGCAGCUCUUCGAGCCCAGCAGAGUCUGCAAGUCCUGCUACAGCAGCCUCCACCCCGGCAGCUCCAGCCUGGACCUCGAACUGGACAAGCCCAUCACUGCCACGUCCAACUGAAUGGCUGGCCGGGGAGCGGCCGGGCCGAGCCUUGCCCGAGGCUGAGGCUGCGCGUGGGGCGGGACGGACCCCGAGGAUGUGCCGCUGGACCGGGGCUUCUCCUUGUCCAGCUCUUCCCCUUUCCUGCCUGUCCUGUCCGUGUGUCCGUGUCCCCGCGCGUGCGUGUGUGUAUAUAUAAUAAUCUAUCUGUUUGUUUGCGGGAGGGUCCUGGAGGUGGGAGGGAGCUGGUGAGAGCCAGGAUCCCUGUGGGUAUUUAUCUGUCCCAUGCAGAACUGCUGCAGACCGAGGAUUUUGGGGAGCAGGGAGCAGAGGGAGCCGGGCUGGCCGGAGUGCAGAGCCUGAAUAGCUGCAGCCUGCAGUGCUUUCAAUCACUCCUUAUUCCAAACCCAAAACUGCUGUUUGGGAACCUGUUGCUGCUAGAAGAGGUGGGAAUCUCCUUUCCCAGAGACCUUUCCCCUCUCUGUUCUCACAGUGGCUGCCCGAGGGGGUCUCAGUCAGGUUCCUGCACUGGCAGCUCUGUACCUGCACACACAAUCCGCGAGGUCUGAGCCCUCGCAGCGGGAAGCCCUGGAACACUGGCUCAGGAAUGCACGUGCUGUGGGUGAGAGCUGAGCCAGGCAUCACACCGGGCCUCGCCAGGCAUCUGACCAGGCAAUUCCUGCUUCAAUCCAACUAGGACAGAGCAGACCUUUGCCUUGUCCUUGCCCCAUCCACGUGAGUCCCUCUGGGAGCAGAGCAUUGCCAUGGUCAGGGCCUGGCUGGCCACUCGCACUUUACUGGACGAUCCAAACUGACGGGAGGCGGCCGGGACCCGCAGCUGUGGGGCUCGGCCUGUGUGGGUUGCACUGGUGCUGGGCACCCUCCUGGGAUGCUCCUCCUUUCCCAGGCUGUGUUCAGUGUACUCCAGAUAGGAAAAAGCUGCCUGAGGAGCUUAAAACAAUCCAGAAUUGUGGAUUAUGGAUUCCCCUUCCUCCUUCUGUCCCAAUCAGACUCACCUCACUGAAGGGUGAAACUCCCAAAUACCCGUUUGUAACCAACUGGUAGGUGCUCGUCCCUUUCCCUUCUCAUAGAUCCUGCUUAGUGCAAUCUGGCAAGGAGGAAGAGUAGAUCCUGCUCACAGUGCAUUCAUUCCCUAGGCAAAAUCCCUAAUUCUCUAUGGUAUUCCCAAGAAUCCUGCUGGAGUAUUUGAGAGUUCUAGAUACAACAGCUCAAAAUCCAAGAAACCUUGGGAAAGGAGCAUUUCCCUUCCCUGGAAUGUCACAAUCACAUCAUCCAAAGGGAGGGUCACACGCAGAAACCAGCUGGCAGAGCUCACUGGGUCUCGGGGGAUGCUGAGGUGGUUGGACUGUGCCCUUCCCACCCUGCCAGGAUCCGUGAAUGUCCAGGAAGGAGGAGGCUGCGUCCGUGCGGAGAGGGGUCUGGGAAUGGACGGAGCAUCUUGGGAUCUCCCUGGCACAGAGAGAAAGACACUGAAAGUGAAGUGGAGGAUGGGGUUUCCAGCCAAGGCAGGUUUAGGAUGUGUUCCUAUCCCAGCGGUGGGGGCUGGAAGAGAGGCACAGGCAGAGCAGGACGAGGGAACGUCCGGCUCCUCCCAGGGUGGCGAGGGGCAGGUGGCAGGGCCGGGGUGGGGGACACCCCAACCUUUGUGUGGCUUUGGGGUGCAGAAUCAGCCGGAGCCUCCGCACGUGCCAAGAGGGUCUGCUCCGGGCCGGGGCUGGGAUGUACAGUGUGAAUAAAAGCUUGCAGCUCUUUAGGCUUUUUUGGAUCGAUGAAGCACUUUUUUUAUUAAUAUUAUUUUUUCUUUGUAUGUAAAGGAGGAAGCCGUCUCUCCGUAGCUGUGUACAGAAAUAACCCUUCUCUCCGCAAGAGAGUAAAGUGCUCCUAUAUUUUUCAUUUUUGUCAAAAGCGAGAAGUAAAUACUUUAGAAUUGUUAAAUAUAUAAAUAAAAGUGAAUAAAGUUUA